AUGACUGAAUCCCCCUCGGCUGGGGUCAAGAAAUUGGCUUGUCGUGUAUGUCAGAAGGGAUUUACCAAGGCUGAACAUCUUCGAAGACAUGAGCGAUGUCAUACUGGGGCCAAACCAUACGUUUGCAAGGAAUGUCGUCGUCCCUUUGCCCGACAAGACGCUCUCACCCGCCAUGAGAAACUACAUCAGCGGGACUUGAGUGCCAAACAUGCUCCGCCGUUAGCUUCAGUGCCUCCGUCUGCAUCUCUAGACUCCAUGGCCUCGUGGGAUACUCGUAGUGCAUCGACUGGAGCGCCAGCCUCGACGUCGGCUACUAGCCACUCGUGGGAUGAAACACAGUCAGCCCAGGCCUCGAGCUUGCAAAAUGUUGCUGCGGAUCUGGACUUCGCUCUCAUUUGGCCCGAUUCCGAGAAUCUAUUCCAGAGCUUAAUGUCCUCCGAUACCACGGACCAAUGGGAGAUGCCUUUGGGAACACUACCAUUCCCACCCGUCGUACAGGAUAUUAAUACCAUGAACUUCGGCUCACCUAGCUCGUUUGACGAUCGGUCUUCCUCUGUGGGGACAAUCCCAUCCGGUGAAGGUCACCAAGCCGUGCGUGAUGUGACGGAGAUGAUUACGAGCUCAUCCUCAAGUAUCACUGCUGCAGUUAAGGCCACUUCUAUAACCUCAGUCUUUCUUGAUGAGUGUCUCCACAUGUUCUUUGUCCGAUUUAUUCCAACAUUCCCCAUCUUGCACCGUGCAACAUUUGGUCCCAGUGAUUCGGUCGCAAAGGGUGAGGCGUUGUGGAGACUAGCACAUGCUGCCGUCGCGACUUCCUGGCAAUCACUCAUCACGCACCAUGGCGCAUACGAUGCUUGCAAGGGGGUACAGCUCAUGAUCACUGCUUUGUUAGGUCAAAUCUACGGGGCCCUGUCUAAAAAUCGGGCAAUCCGGACUACAAGUCAGGUCUUCCGUCCCCUCGGCUUUUUCUGGGCACGUCACUGUGGUAUGUACGACAGCCAGCCAUAUUCAAUGGAAAAUCUGCCCUCGGUCGAUGCUCCCCCUGCGGAGAAGGAACAUCAGUGGCGGGUUUGGUCUGCACGGGAGAUCCAACAGCGUGCCCUACUGGCGUACUACGUCCUCGAUGGACUCGUUGCCCAGAUCAGCGAAUCUGCUUUUGAUGCCAGCACGCCGGACGAAUGGCUAUCACACAUGCACUCGCAAAAGCUAGAUCAAUCCUCAUUCAAAGUCAUAUUUCGUUCUCUCUUCCCGCCGGUCGGGAACUUCCGCCCUUUGGACUAUCCAUUUUCUGCCUUUGGACUUCGAGUUGUUCUCGAGGGCCUUCAGUCUUUGAUAUCUGACUGCGAUGAUCAUGAGCUGGCUGUCGGUGUGCCUGGGCCCUCUGAUGUAAGGAGAGCACUGGCUCAAGUCCAUGAAACGAUAUCAAUGAGCAUCCAUUUUUCAGCUGCUGAGCGACUAGAGCUUUUAUUGCGUUGGCACACGGUUUGCCUGGACACCAUGAUCAAUUCGACGGUUCUUUCCCGCUAUGUGUGCUCUCGUUAUGAUAUUCAUCAGCAUGUUUCCGGUGGGAGCCGGGAUGUCCGAGCGAACUUUGACCUCAUCAAAUGGGUUAAUAGUGAAGACGCCCGCCGUGCAGUACUUCACGCAAUCGCCAUUCAAGAUAUUGUUGAACAAUUACCUCGUGGUCGUGCCCAUGUGAUCCACAUGCCUAGCUCGCUGUUUGCAGCUGCAGCAGUGUAUGUUGUCUUCUCACUUGCCGGUGCAGCGACCGUCCAUCUUCCUCGAACAAUUGUGUGGCAAGAUGCUUUACUUUCACAUUCCGAUCUCAAUAUCGACCACGAUGAAAUGAGGCCCCCAUCAGGCUCAGAAACUCGACGGUUUGUGGAAUCGAAACAGGUGAUUGCCCCUUCUCCAAUCGGUGGGGCUGUUCGAAAUCUUCUGUACGAGUUAAACUCGAUGCAAAAACUCUUCCGCUGUCUCUCCUCACAGUGGGGAAUUGCUCGUGAUAUGGAAGAAAUAAUUGCCAAGUGGAUUCAGAUUUGCCAUUGA